CUGUAGUUAGCUGCACGGGGGCGGACAUGUUGAGCAGAGCUUUCUCUCAAUAAACAGUGCUUUAUUGUGGGUUAGGGGCUUUGGGGGGACGUCACUGGGCUUUGAGACAUCAUGGACGCAGUCAACGCCUUUAACCACGAGUUAUUCUCGUUGAUGGACUCCAAGCCCCCAAUUUCCCGAGCUAAGAUGAUUUCAAUCACCAAAUCAGCCAUCAAAGCUAUGAAACUGUACAAGCAUGUAGUUCAGAUUGUGGAAAAGUUUAUCAAAAAGUGUAAGCCUGAGUACAAAGUUGCUGGCCUGUAUGUGGUGGAUUCUAUUGUUCGACAGUCCAGACACCAGUUUGGAGCAGAUAAGGAUGUCUUUGGUCCUAGAUUUACCAAAAAUAUCACAGGAACUUUUGAAAACCUCUGUCUUUGCCCAGUAGAAGAUAGGAGUAAAAUAGUGCGUGUGUUGAACCUGUGGCAGAAAAAUGGUGUCUUCAAAAUUGAGAUUAUUCAGCCUCUCUUGGACAUGGCAGCAGCAAACACCAGUGCUGCUGCUGUGCCUUUCCCAGAGGCAGAUGAAUCAGCUUAUUCUCCACCAUCACCCAAAGAGCCUCCUCCUGAAGAAGAGACACCAAACUCCACCCUGACAACGGCUGCCCAGCUUCAGACCUCCGAUGCCUUUGCUGCAGUGGCUCAGCUUUUCCAGACCACACAGGGACAGCAGCUUCAGCAGAUGCUCCAGAACUUUCAACAAAAACCUCUCAAACCAGAGGCCAGUGCGCAGCCAACACAGGGCCAGAGCAUCACCAUGAGCCUUGGACCCGUCCCUCCACAACCUCCUCUUCCCUCUCAACCAACGCAACAAUCAACAGCAUUUGCCAAGACCUUACUGGACCGCUUUGAUUAUGAUGAUGAACCAGAUGCUGGUGAAGAAACAAAAAAGGAUGAACCAUCAUCACAAUCUUCAAUGAGUAUGCAGCCAACCCCAGCCUUCCCACAACACAUAGAGCACUUUAAAUCACAAAUGACAAAUAUGUCACAAGAUCUCUCACAACAGGGUUCAGUGCCCCUUAAUGGUCAGCCUCAAGCCUUUGGUUUACCACCUGGUCAGGUGUUUCCUUUAGGGGGUAUGAUCCCUCCUCCGGGACUUCCUCAGAUGGGACAACCCCCUCUAGGUGCCUCUGGGCCUACAGGCUUUCAGGGGGUAUAUCCUCCCCACAGUGUACUCCCACAGCAACAGGAAUUAUUGACGGAUCCAACAGUCCUCAGUGAGUCCUCAACAAAAGAUGGAAAACACAGUCGCAGAUCACAUUCAGGCUCCAGGUCACCAAAGCGGAGGAGAUCACGGUCAAAUUCCCGCUCCCGCAGAUCCCGACAUCGGAGAUCUCGGUCCAGAGAGAGACGCCAUCAUUCACCUCGGUCCCGUUCCCAGGAGCGCAGGGAGAGAGAGCGGGACAGGGAGCGCAGGCAGAAAGGGCUACCCCCACUGAAGAGUCACACACUGAGCGUUUGCACUACAACACUUUGGGUUGGUCAGCUGGAUAAGAGAACACAGCAACAAGAUGUGGAAUGCUUAUUGGAAGAGUUUGGACAGAUUGAGUCAACCAAUAUGAUCCCACCACGUGGUUGUGCAUAUAUUGUCAUGGUGCAUAGACAAGAUGCAUUCAGGGCCCUACAAAAGCUCAGCAGAGGGAAUUAUAAAGUAAACCAGAAAACCAUCAAGAUUGCUUGGGCAUUGAACAAAGGCAUUAAAGCUGAUUUUAAACAGUACUGGGAUGUGGAUCAUGGAGUCACGUACAUACCAUGGUCUAAGAUUAAAGAGGAGGACCUUGACGAACUCAAAGAUGGGGGAAUCCUGGAUAUAGACUCUUUAGCACCAGAGUGGAGUACAACAAGGAAAACUCUUGAAAGCUCUGAAGAAAUUACCCAUAAUGGUCGCACAGAGUCUCAGCCAGAAGAAAUACAAGUGGUCCCUGUGCUCACUCCUGCAGUUCCCUCUGUCCCCCCUGUUCAGAUUGCAUCAACUCAGCCUGCUGUGGUUGCGGUUGGUCCAGUUCAACCCCCUGUGUUCCCUGGACCCAUGGGUGUACCUCUGCCUUCGUUUCCUGCAGGUGUCCCUCCACCUUUCCUCCGACCAGGAUUCAAUCCUUUGCAUAUGCCCCCAGGGUUUCUACCCCCUGGUGGUAUGCCUUUAGGCCCACCACCUUCAAAACCUGAGGAUCCACCAGUGGACCCAGCUGGUCUGGGUAACAGACAAAAUGAAGAUAUCCGAGAUGGACCGAUAAUUUUUAACCACCACAUUGGACCCAUGGGUAAUUUAGUUAUCGGUCAUCCGGCUACAGGUCCUCCCACUGGUAUCCCCAGGGGUCCUCCUGCUGGUCUCCAUGGUGGCCCUCCUGGUGCUCCCAAUGCUGGGCUUCUGGGUGCACUUCCUGUUGGCCUGCAUGGGGGGCCCCGAGUACCCAUGGGAGCUCCCCUUGGGCCCUUUCAUGGAGGGGCUCCUGUUGGUCUGUCAGGUGGUCUGCCUGGUGGCCCCAGAGGAGGUCCACCCAUAGGUCCCCUCGGCGGUUUACCUGGUGCUCCUCCCUUUGAGGGUCAGCACAUUGGCCCCCCCGGCAGCCCGUUUGGUCCUCCACAUAAUGGUUCAAGACCAGGUCUACCCAGUACUUUGCCGCCUGGAGGACUCCAUGGUGGUCCACCUGGAGGUCCUCCGAAUGAUGGUCUACAUAGUGCUCUACAUGUUUCUGCCCCUAGCGGUGGACUUCUUAGCCCACUCACUGGUCCCAGAGGAGCUCCGCCCGGCAGUCUACCUGGAGGUUUCCAUGGUGGUCUGUCUGCAGGUCCACCCAUUGAGGGUCACCCUGGUGCUGCACCUGGUGGUCUUCAUGGUGGUCCCCCCGGAGGCACACUGCUUGGUCCACCCACUGGUCCAAGAGGAGCUCCACCAGGGAGUCUAUCCACAGGUCCCCCUGGAGGCCCUUCCCUUGAGGGUCAACAUGUUGGUCCUCCUAGUGGUGGUCUCCUUGGUAGUCCACCUGGUGGUCCAAGACCAGGUCCACCAGGAAACCUUCAUCCUAGUGGCGGGCUGCUUGGUGCCAGGCCUGGCCUAAUCCCACUCCAGCGCCCCCCAGGUCUUUCACCAAAUAUGCAGCGUUUUCCUCCAUCUCAAGGCCCUCGACCCCCUCACCCUGGUGCUCCUACCAUGGAUCGAGCACCACACCCUCAAAUGCAUCCAGACAAUUCUCCAGGCUUCCCUUCACACAAUGCAAGGGGUCCUUUUCCGCCACAGGGCCAUGGCCCACCACAAGGUCCACCCUCAUUCAACAGGCCAGGAGGAGGUCCUCGGGGUGAUCCUCACCGAGGCAUGGAGAGUCCCGAGGAAAUGGAUGGACGUCAAUUUAGAGGGGAACGGACUGGCUUCAGGGACCGUGAGUCUGAGAGGGACUGGGAUCGGGACAGAGAAAGAGACCGAGGUUUUGGGGGAGGAAGACGUUCUUUUGGAGAAGGGGGCAGGAUCGAUGGAAGGGACAGACCCUCAGGAUGGCAAGAUGACGGGAAUCCACGCGGAGGAUGGGAGCGGGACCGCGGACGAGAUCAAGACCGUGACAGAGAGCGAGAUAGAGAUAGGCGGGACUGGAGAGAGAGACGGAGCAGUCCAGAUCGAGACCGUGGGCGGGACACGGGGGAGCGGCGGGACAGAGGGAGGGGGGAGAGAGGCAGCAGAGGGAGCAGAGACAGCAGAGACAGCAGGGAGGGAGACCGUAGAGAGGGAGACCGUGGAAGGUCAGGUGACAACAAAGAGGGCGACAGGCCAAGGCGCUCUGAACGCCGGGAGAGGUCUACACGAUGGGACAAUGAUGAUCGGCUGAAUGAGUUAGAAAACUCAGACCGGUCACGGACCUCAGACAAAGAGACAAGUUCUGAUCGUUCUCAUAGGAAAACAAACUCUGAACCUUUAGUCUCUAAAGGUGAAGACUCUAAGACUGAACCAUCAAAUAAGAGUAACACCUCUGACACCCCUGAGGAAAAACAGGAAACAAAUUCUUAAAAUCCUUUACAGACUAUCAAACAGUUACAGAAACAUCAUUUUCGGUUUUUAUCAAGUUUCAUUAUCAAACUAACACCUCUCAAAUUUGUUUUUAAAAGUCCAAGAACAUCAGUUUUGAUUAUUAGAUAUCAAAUGUAGACUUCUUUUAUGUAUAUACAAGAAAAAAUGUGAGUGCCAGUGUGACUAAUUCACAUUUAGGGUGUUUUAAAUUAGUGUUGUUUUUUAUAUUUACCAAGGUUUACUACAAGAAAUACUUUGACCACAUUUGCACCUUUUGGUAUUCAAAAAUCUAAUUUGAAUAGUGGUUGAUGAGCAUCAAAGGGGGAUACUCUACAAAAUGAUAAUUUGUUAAUUGGCUCUUGAAUGUAGACAUCCUUGCUAGCAAAGAAGAUAUCUUUUCUUGGUGCAUUUUGGUGUAUUCAUAUGGACAUGCCAUAACUGAUAUUUUCAAAGAUGGUCAUUGUUUAAUGUGUAAUACCCCUUCUGUCAUUUAAGUUAUACAAAUGGGCAUGGAUGCAGCAUUACAUUGACAAAUAAAGGGCAAUUAUUGGUAGAAAUUAAUACAAUAUGAUUUUAUUGCGUGGUUGCUAUGUGUUUGCAACACUAGAUCAUUCCAAUCAUAUUUGCCCAGAGUUAAAGCAAUCAUAACUAAUAGCUUUUAUUUGGUAAUGAAGCUAUAACCUAGACAGACUCACUGCAUAUAAUUAAAAGAUUUGAUUUACAUUUUUGUAUUUUGAAUGUUCAUGGAUGUCCAAAAUGGUGAAAACCAAUCAAGUCAAAUUAAACCUAUUGACUGUUCACAUUAUUUUAAGAAUCUCUCUUGAUUCUGUUUGAAUUGAAAAGGUUGAACCCUGGAGCUAAGAUUAAAUAUCAACUUUACACUUGUUUUCUCUGAAGACAUGUAUUUGUUAUUGCUGUCUUUGUGGUAAAUCUCUUCCCGUUUUAAUAAUGUACCUAAGGAGACAGCUAAAGUCAUGAAGGUUGUUGAAAAGUGCUGCUGUACAUAAGCUUCUGUCACUGAUAAUUUUAGGUUGUAACAUUUCCUGUAACGUAUUUUGAGUCAAUUUAAUUUGACUUGAACGCAAGGAGACACAUGACCCAGUUUUGGUUUUAAACUAUUUUUAUUAUUAUUUGUUAAAAUACAAGACUUGGACUUUCAGUCUAUAUUGUGUCAGCCAUAGAAACCAGUUUUUAAUAAACUAUUUUUUAUACCA